AUAUGUGUAAGCAAAUGUAAACAAACAUCAAAAAUUUUUGACAGAUGUGUUCUCUUAGUUUAAUUGCAGUUAAUCUAAUUUCGGCUGCAAAAAACUAUACAAUUUUCUAAAUUUUUAUGAUCAUAAAUUAGAACAAAUUUGCUGAUUCAUGUUAAUUUAUUGUACUAUUUUUAUUUGAUAUGGACAAUACAUGCGUGUUGUAAAACGAGUUCAAUGCACUUUAUGUUUUUCUAAAAAUGGAAUUUCAGCAUGAUAUAAAAGAAAUUCUUCCUGGUGCAAUAACUAUAAUAGAAUCUAAAGAUUCCAAUUCAGUUUUACAAAUAUAUAGUUUAAAAACUCUUGACAAUCACUGUCAAGGUGAAGAUUGGAUUUUUAAUUCUACAAGUAACAUUUGGGAUGCUGCUUUACGGAAAAAACAGGGAAAUUUGGAAAAUGUGAUUGAUCAAAUCGGCCUUGCUUCUUCACGGGCUCAAGAUCUAGUAAUGCCUAUAACUACAUUCAAAAAAUUACUCAAUUCUCACCAGCAAAAGUUGUAUAUAAUUCGAGAUGUGGAUGAACCAUUUUCUGUAAUUGGCAUUCUAAAGAUUGGACAAAAGCGCCUUUUUAUAUGCAAUGACAUGAAUGCCCAGCAUGAAGUUGAUACUAUGUGUGUUUUAGACUUUUAUAUUCAUGAGUCGAGGCAGCGUUGUGGAUAUGGUCAUAAACUGUUUGAAAUAAUGCUAAAAAAUGAAAAUGUGGAGCCUGCUAAGCUUGCUAUUGAUCGACCUUCUUAUAAGUUUCUUGCCUUUUUAAGUAAACAUUACAAUUUAAAAGAUCCCAAACCUCAACCCAAUAAUUUUGUUGUAUAUGAAGGAUUUCUUGACAGAAAUGAUUUGAGACCACCCAUCUUUCUCUAUAAUGAAAAAGAUUUAAACAAACAAGAGAAAAAUUUUAAUGUUCAUGAUGUUAUGCAUUGUUAUUCUGGAACUGAAAAUUCCCUAACAUCUGGUUCAAACUCUCGCUCUUCCAACUGUUGUCCCCAUAGUGAUGAAACUAGUUCUACUUUGGAUAAUUAUUUCAAGAAAAAACGUACUGCUAGUACUGAUUCUUUGAAGAGAAUGCCAUCUCCAUAUUUAAGCAAACAAGAGAAAAAUUGGAAUGUUUAUGAUGCUAUGCAUAGUUAUUCUGGAACUGAAAAUUCCCUAACAUCUGGUUCAAAUUCUCUAUCAUCCAACUGUUCAUUGACUCCUGGAGAAAACGCCAACAGUGAAAGGAAAUGGGCUCAGCUUCAAUCAUCUUGGAAUGUACUCGGUGUUAAACCACUUGAUUAUUCAAUCACUGACAAAAAAUAAUGUAUUCCUUUUUCAAAUUCAAAACUCUUCAAUCUUGGUUUUCUGUUUCCUACUUAAUUGUGAUAGUCUUCUUCAAAUUAUAUUUAUUGAUUUUUAAUCUUUUAUAUAAAUUUAUAUUUUUACUUUGUUAUCUUGUAUCGUAUUUUAUGAACAAAUUUAUUGUUUCAAAAUUCAAAUU